AGUUCAAAUCUCCUUGGACCUGCCCAGUACAUUAUGUCAGCUGUCAAUGACACCAAAUUCAAAUUUGCAGUGUUUCUUCUCACUGGGAUACCUGGCCAGGAAGACGUCUAUCUCUGGAUCUCUAUCCCCUUCUGCUUAAUGUAUCUUAUUUCGAUAGUAGGAAAUUCAGUCAUUCUGUUCAUUAUAAAAACAGAUCCAAGCCUCCAUGAGCCCAUGUACAUUUUCCUUUCCAUGUUGGCCGUCACAGACCUUGGCUUAUCAAUAGCCACCAUACCGACGAUACUGGGCACAUUCUUGUUUAAUGUUAGGGAGAUCAGCCUGGAUGCCUGUUUUGCCCAGCUUUUCUUCAUCCACUCACUUCAGUGCACUGAAUCCUCCGUGCUCUUGUUGAUGGCCUUUGACCGAUUCACUGCAAUCUGUAACCCAUUGAGAUAUGCUUCCAUCUUAACCCUGCCGAGAAUAUCCAAGAUGGGACUGGUGUGUGUGCUAAGAGGGGUGGCCAUAAUAUUCCCACUCCCCAUUCUCCUGAAACGGUUCCAAUACUGUCGUUCCAAUGUCCUCUCCCAUUCCUACUGUCUGCACCAGGAGGUCAUGAAAAAGGCUUGUUCAGACAUCACAGUGAACAACAUCUAUGGCUUAUCUGUUGCAUUCUUUACAAUGUGGUUGGACUCGCUGCUCAUCUUCCUCUCUUAUGUGAUGAUCCUCAAAACAGUGCUGAGCAUCACGUCCAAUACAAAGUGCCUCAGGGCCCUGAACACCUGCGUCUCCCACCUCUGCGUUGUCCUCCUCUUCUAUAUACCAGAGUUGGGCUUGUCUCUGAUACACAGAUUCUGGACGGGCUCUUCUCCCUUGCUUCAGAUUCUCCUGGGCGACAUCUACCUGCUGGUUCCACACCUGAUGAACCCAAUUGUGUAUAGCGUGAAAAGUAGACACAUUCGUGCUAGGAUAAUCAGGGUGUUUGUCAAAUGA